AUGAUCGAGAGUUAUCUUGAAAGGCUGUUCAAAUGCAAUCUGCUAACGGAGGCAGAGGUAAGGCACUUGUGUGAAACUGCAACAGAAAUGCUGAUGAAGGAGGAGAAUGUUGUCAGUGUCAAGGCACCAGUGACUAUAUGCGGAGAUGUUCACGGGCAGUUUUAUGACCUGAUGGAAUUGUUCAAGGUUGGCGGCCUUCCGCCUUACACGAACUACUUGUUCAUGGGGGAUUAUGUAGAUAGAGGAUAUCAUUCAGUUGAGACCAUCUCGAUUUUGUUGUGUUUAAAGGUGAAGUAUCCUGACCGAGUAUGGCUACUGAGGGGAAACCACGAAAGCAGACAGAUAACGCAGGUAUAUGGGUUUUAUGAUGAGUGUGUUAGAAAGUAUGGGUCUUCUCUUGUGUGGAGAUAUUUCACCGAUCUCUUUGAUUAUCUGCCUGUUGCUGCCGUUGUUGGAAACGACACAUUCUGCUGUCAUGGAGGGCUAAGCCCAUCUUUCGACACAUUGGACCAGCUAAAGGCUAUUGAUAGGAGAGUUGAGAUUCCGCACGAAGGUCCAAUGUGCGACCUUCUCUGGUCUGAUCCUGACGAGAAGCUUGGAUGGGGCCCUUCGCCCAGAGGUGCAGGAUUUACUUUCGGAAAGGACAUAACGGAUGCCUUCAAUGAAAGAAAUGGGCUCAAGAUGAUAUGUAGGGCCCAUCAGCUUGUAAUGAGCGGAUACAACUGGAGCCACGAGAAGGGAUGUGUCACAAUAUUCAGUGCACCAAACUACUGUUAUAGAUGCGGAAACCUAGCCACGCUUAUGGAGAUGGAUGAAUAUGGAGCAUACAGCUUCACACAGUUUGAACCCUCGCCUACAAAGAUUGAGGCCCUUGUCUCUACCAAGAUCCCAGACUACUUCCUGUGA